CACCCACACCUACCCCUUUGUCAAUAGCAUUGUACCAUCUGAGACAUACACAGACACACGCACAUAUUCCCAUAGACACCCCAACACAUAGACACAGACUUCCCUAACACUUUUGCCUCAAUCCCCACUCUGCAUUUACCCCCCCCAUACACACACACACACCCCUCCAACCAUAACAAACAGCAGCAUCAUAUCUAUUCUUCCCCAACACCAGCACAUUGACCCCCCCCAGUACAUCCUUCAACAUCAGCACCAUCUCCCCACACCCUUGCCUAACACACACACGACUGCUCUUCCCCCACCCCACAACAGACACUAUUCGCUAUCUUCUCCCUCUCUGAAACACACACACACACACACACACUUCCCUAACACUCCCUGUCACACAUGCACCACCCAAGCCCCAACAUGUUCACAGGCACACGUCUUCCCCAAAACACCCUCCAGCCGACUCAGCUACUGCCUGGCAACACGUUGUCACCCAUGCAGCGAUGGGGGGCCGAGCUGGACAAGAUGGAGCAGCAUCUUCACGAGGAGUCUGUCUCGGUUUCCAGCUUCAAUCCGUUCUCGCAGGAUUCUUCGCAGGAAAACAUGACGCGGGAUUUGAGACAGGAGGAGGAGGUGGCGGCCAGUGGCUUCUAUCAGAAAUAUAAUCCCAAGGAGGUGAUCGGAAGGGGGGUCAGCAGUGUGGUCCAGAGAUGCAUCCACAAGAGGACGGACAUGGAGUACGCUGUGAAGAUCAUCGAGGUUACCGACGAGAGCAUGAGCCCGGACCAGCUGGACGAGGUCCGCAGAUCCACCCAGAAGGAGAUCGAGAUCUUACAGGUGGUCUCCGGACAUCCGAACAUCAUCACACUCAUUGACUACUACACCUCUGAGACCGUUACCUUCCUCGUGUUUGAUCUGAUGAAGCGAGGGGAGCUGUUUGACUACCUCACUCACAAAGUGGUGCUGAGCGAGAAGGAAACCAGGAAUGUUAUGAGGGAGCUCCUAGAGGCCAUUGACUAUCUCCACAGCCGGGACAUCGUGCACCGGGAUGUGAAAACCGAGAAUAUCCUGCUGGAUGAACAGGCCCAUAUCCGACUCUCUGACUUUGGCUUUGCCUGUCACCUUGGGCCGGGUGAGAAGCUCCGAGAACUCUGCGGGACCCCCGGUUACCUGGCUCCUGAGCUUCUCACCUGCUCCAUGGACGAGACGCACCCAGGUUAUGGCAAAGAGGUGGAUGUCUGGUCCGCUGGGGUAGUCAUGUACACCCUCUUGGCUGGUACUCCGCCCUUCUGGCACCGCAAACAGAUGGUGAUGCUGCACAUGAUCAUGGAGGGCAAGUACCAGAUGACUUCGAACGAAUGGCAGGAUCGAUCGGACACUGUCAAAGACCUGAUCUCAAGGAUGCUGACCGUGGACCCUACCAAGAGAAUCACCACAGGAGAAGCUCUGAGCCACCCGUUCUUCCAGAGUUACAUUCCAGAAGUUCGACAUUUCAGCCCCCUCCGAAUGUUCCGGGUGGCCGUGUGGACAACACGGGCCUGUAUCCGUAUCAACGAGAACUACAGGCGAAUGAAGCUGGUGACCAAGGAGAUCCUGAUCGGCAACCCCUACACCAUCAAGGCUGUGCGCAGGCUGAUCGACGGUUGUGCCUUCCGUAUCUACGGGCACUGGGUGAAGAAAGGACAGUAUCAGAACCGAGCGGCACUCUUCGAGAACUCUCCCAAAGCCCUGCUGCACACCACCCUCUACCUCGAGAAAGAGGACCCGCAGGAGCUCGGGCACAUGUACAGCGACUGACGCUCCAGCUCUCAGAAAUUGUGUUGGAUCCUGUUACUGCUCCUGGAAGCAGUGCCGAAGGAGGAGGAACAUCUCCUGGACCUGAGAGUGCAUCACUGUCGCUGCCUCGCCCCGGACUGUGUUCCCGCUGACACAAGAGGGGCAUGGACUGGUGGGGGUGGAGGGGUGGGGUGUCCCUGAUUUACUGCCUG